AUGGUAGAAAAUAGUCUUUAUCUUGUGGUCGCCAGCAGUAAUGAUUUAGCUCAUACAUAUAUGGCACGCUCAAUCAAAUACAACAAGACUGCGUAUCCUCAUUAUUUGGCUGAUUUGUCUUCUAAAUUUGUGAGAGAAUUAUAUGGACUUGGUGCCCGAAGAAUUGGAGUAUUUAGUGCAGUUCCAGUUGGAUGUUUACCAGCACGCAGAACAGUUCAAGGAAUAAAGCGAAAUUGCUCAGACAAACUAAACAAAAUGGCUCUUCAGUUCAAUGCAAAACUAUCUCCAGCAUUGGAAGCUUUAGGAAAAGAGUCACCGGGAAGUAAAAUUGUCUUUAUUGACGUAUAUGACACUCUUUAUGACAUGAUUGAAAACCCUAAAAACUAUGGUAAGUAUCAAUACACAUGUGUUUUUCUUUUGCACGAUACUUUGUUACCUAGGUAG